GGCAGCGUGACAUCUCUGCGCGAGCUGGAGGCGAUCGUGGCGCGGGGCUCAGCGGUGGUGCUGCAUUUCUCUCCGCGCCAAGCCAAGGGCGUGGAGGAGGCGGAGGAGCUCCUGAAGCGCCUCUCCGCCGACACCCCACAGGCAACAUUCCUCCGGAUCAACGCUGACGAGCAGGCGGAGAUAGCACACAAGUUUGGAGUACCAGUGGAUGCUGCGGCGCCCUUCUUCGUCUUCAUCCAGAACUGCGAGGUCGUGGACACUCUCGAGGGUGCCAAUCCUGCUCAAAUGGCGCACAAGGUAGCCAAGGUCGCAGGGCCGCCAUCGCUGGUGAGCGCUGCGCAGCCAUCCAGCCUGGGAAUGAGCGCGGCGCCAUACCUCGUCCAGGCUGUGCAACGAGGGGCACCGCCGCAUUCGAGCGAGGCCGGCUUAUAGGCUAGUCCGUCCGCCCCUCUCCUAGAGAGGAUUAGGGUUAGGGUUUAUCGUGAGCAGCAGCGCUAUGGAGCUGGAUGUGGACGCCAAGACUAUCAAGCGCGUGGAGCUCUACAGAUGGCGCGGCGUCGCCUGGCAGCUGGAUGUGUGGCCGUUUGUGCUGCUCUAUGUUGCCUGGGCAUUGCUGCUGCUUCCCCAGCUCGAUUUUAUGGAUGCCGUGAUCGUCUUGCUCGGCCUGGCUUUGCUCCACAUUCUCGUCGUGCUCUUCACUGCCUGGUCGGUGGAUUUUCGCUGCUUCAUGCACGCUUCUAAGGUGAAUCGUGUGCGCGAGGCCGACGUCGUCAAAGUUGUUCCUGCCAAGUUCUCUGGCUCCAAAGAAGUUGUUCCCUUGGUGCAUACAACCCUGGAAGUCGGAUCCAAGAAUUCGAUAUCGUCUCAGCCAGAGCAUAGCUUCGAGUUUCGCAAGCAAAAGUUUAUCUUUUCAGACGAUACGUUUCGCAAGCUUCUCUAUCCGUCCAAAGAGACGUUUGGCGUGUACAGCAGAAGUAGCGGCUAUGGAACGGAUGCGAAAGAGAAGGCCGCUUUGGGCAAAUGGGGCCGGAACGUCUUUGAGUUCCCUCAACCUACGUUUCAGAAGCUAAUGAAGGAGCACUGCAUGGAACCGUUCUUCGUUUUCCAGGUGUUUUGUGUAGGCCUAUGGUGCCUUGACGAGUACUGGUACUACAGCAUAUUUACUCUCUUCAUGUUGAUCCUUUUCGAGUCCACUGUCGUCAAAUCCCGCCUGAAAACGCUCGCGGAAUUGCGUCGCGUGCGAGUGGAUAGUCAGACAAUUCAUGUGUAUCGCACUGGGAAAUGGUUAAAACUCUCAGGAGUAGAUCUUUUACCGGGAGAUCUUGUAUCAAUCGGUCGAGCCACAGGGCAAACAAGCGAAGAACGCACGGUACCAGCUGAUAUGCUACUUCUUGCCGGGACGGCUAUCGCCAAUGAAGCUCUUCUGACGGGUGAAUCGACACCACAGUGGAAGGUUUCCAUUGUAGGCCGCGAUAUGGAGGAGAAGCUGUCAAUCCGAAAGGAUAAAGCUCACGUACUUUUUGGGGGAACUAAAAUACUUCAGCAUACUCCAGACAAGGCUAGUCACUUGAAAACUCCGGACGGUGGUUGUUUGGCUGUCGUACUACGCACGGGCUUCGAAACGAGCCAAGGGAAGCUAAUGCGGACUAUACUUUUCUCUACCGAGAGGGUUACUGCAAACAAUUGGGAGAGUGGUCUUUUCAUUCUGUUCCUUGUCUUCUUUGCUCUGGUUGCGGCCGGGUAUGUCCUCAAGCAGGGGCUAGAGCACCCAACGCGCAGCAAAUUCAAGCUGUUCCUGAAUUGCUCUAUGAUAAUAACUUCUGUCAUACCGCCGGAGUUGCCGAUGGAACUCUCGAUUGCAGUGAAUACCUCUCUCAUAGCUCUUGUACGACGUGGAAUCUAUUGCACUGAACCUUUUAGAAUACCUUUCGCCGGGAAGGUUGAUACUUGUUGUUUUGAUAAAACUGGGACUCUCACGAGCGAUGAUAUGGAAUUUCUUGGGGUUUGCAACGUGGAGGGGAAAGGCUCUCAUCUCGAGAGCGAUCCUACGAAACUCCUUGAUCGUACUCUGCAGAUUUUGGCCGCCUGCCACGCCCUUGUUUUCGUGGAUAACAAACUGGUGGGAGAUCCUCUUGAGAAGGCUGCUCUGAAAGGUGUGGAUUGGUCUUACACAGCCGAUGAGAAGGCUGUUGCCCGCAGGGGAAGCGUGCCAGCCGUUCAAAUCAUACAGAGGCAUCACUUUUCUUCUUCUUUGAAACGAAUGUCCACCGUUGUGCGUAUAGAUGAGAACUUUCUGGCCUUUACAAAGGGUGCACCUGAAACAAUUCAAGAAAGACUGGUUCACGUUCCUGAGUCUUACGUCCACACAUAUAAGACGUAUACACGGCAGGGAGCUCGAGUUUUAGCUUUAGCUUACAAAGUCCUUCCAGACAUUCCGGUGGGCGAGGCUCGAUCGUUAGAAAGGCAGAGCGUUGAAAGCGAUUUAGUUUUUUGUGGUUUUGCGGUUUUUGCUUGUCCUCUCAGGAAGGAUUCGGCCUCCGUUCUGAAAGACCUCAAAGAUUCGUCUCAUGAUCUGGUGAUGAUAACAGGGGAUCAAGCUCUUACGGCUUGUCAUGUUGCUGGUCAAGUUCACAUUGUCUCUCAGCCAGUUUUAAUCUUGACUCCUCCAUCAAACGGGCAGGAUGGUUUUAAUUGGCUUUCGCCUGACGAGGAAACGAAGAUAGCUUACGAGGUAGAGAAGAUCCAGAUAUUGGCGGACAACUAUGACCUGUGCGUUUCUGGUGACGGACUUGCUAUGCUCCAGCGUACAGGUGCACUAGAACCAGUGUUACCUUUCGUAAAGGUGUAUGCAAGAGUUGCCCCGGAUCACAAGGAGCUCAUUCUCAUCACCUUGAAGGAUGUGGGUAGAACGACCCUUAUGUGCGGCGAUGGUACAAACGACGUCGGUGCUCUGAAACAGGCGCACGUAGGGGUCGCACUACUUAAUGCUGUAGAAGUGCCUGGAAAAUCGCCAUCAGCCUCCAGCUCUACCGUGACAGUGAAGAGACAAAGGGCUCCGACAUCCUCGCAGACAAGUCGUCCGAACAGUGCUGCCAGUCGCGCCGAGCAGCAAAAGCAGAAACUGAAGCAGAUGAUGGACGAGAUGAAUUCGGACGACGGUAGAAGCGCUCCCGUGGUGCGACUUGGUGAUGCGUCCAUGGCGUCCGCGUUUACUGCCAAGCACGCAUCGGUGCAGCCAACGGCCGAUAUCAUACGUCAAGGCAGGAGCACUCUGGUGACGACGUUGCAGAUGUUCAAGAUCCUGGGCCUGAAUUGCCUCUCAACGGCCUAUGUGCUCAGUGUCAUGUACCUGGAUGGCGUGAAGCUUGGCGACGUGCAGGCAACAAUCAGUGGUCUCUUCACGGCGGCAUUUUUCCUUUUCAUCUCGAACGCACGACCUUUAAGCACACUGUCCGCUCAGAGGCCGCACCCCAACAUCUUCUCGGCCUACGUGAUCAUAUCCAUGCUAGGACAGUUUGCGAUGCACCUCUGCUUCCUGGUUUCCGUCGUCCGGGCUGCCGAGUCGUAUAUGCCCGAGGAGUGCGUGGAGCCGGACUCGGACUUCACCCCCAACCUGGUGAACACGGUCUCGUACAUGGCCAACAUGAUGAUACAGGUGGCUACGUUUGCGGUGAACUACAUCGGCCACCCGUUCAACCAGAGCAUCCGAGAGAACAAGCCGUUCUUCUACGCCUUAACAGCCGCAGCUCUGUUCUUCACAACCAUCAGCUCCGACCUGCUGAGAGACCUGAAUGACUGGCUCAGGCUGGUUCCACUGCCAAAGCCGCUUGGGUGGAAGCUGCUGCUGUGGGCGGGGAUGAUGUCGCUUGGCUGCUUUGUUUGGGAGAGGCUUCUACGGGCUCUCUUCCCCGGAAGGCGACCACUUACACGGAGCAAGGCGAGCAGUAACGUCGAUAAGAAGGUGCAGUAGUAGAUUGGCUCUCUACUGGAGGGGCAAUCCUUUUGACGGAGAGCUUGCACGACGAGUUCUUGGCAGACGAAAUUUUUUGAAGCCUUUAAAAGUCGUGGAACAGCA